AUGGAGAAGCCUGAAGCUAUGUUUCUCGUGCUAUUCCUCGCGACCAUGAGCACGCAUGCGCAUCGCCAUCCACCUGGAGCCAACCCGGGUCACGGUGUUGCUCCUCUGCUGGGCUCCCUGGAGAAGGGCCCUGUUCCUCCAUCGGCCUCAAACCCCGGCACGUAUAUACCUGCUGCUGCAAUGGGUUCCGCCGUCGCACAUCUGCUGGGCUCACCGGAGUGGGGUCCUAUCCGUCCAUCGGACCCAAACCCCGGCACAUACAUACCUACUGCGGCCGCUGCAAUGGGUCCCGCCGUUGCACCUCUGCUGGGCUCACCGGAGAAGGGUCCUCUCCGUCCUUCGGCCCCAAACCCCGGCACAUACAUACCUGCUGCUGCUGCAAUGGGUCCCGCUGUCGCACCUUUGCGGGGCUCCCUGGAGAAGGGCCCUGUUCCUCCAUCGGCCCCAAGCCCCGGCACUUACAUACCUGCUGCUGCAAUGGGCCCACCUGUUGCACCUCUUCUGGGCUCACUGAAAAAAGGUCUCAUUCCUCCGCCAGCGCCCAAUGGCGCAUACCCUUAA